AUGACACUGCAGCAAUGUGAUACAUCCAACGAGAGGACGCGACUGAGAGAAAUGUACGAUGAUUAUUCUGAAGUUGGGAUCUGUACCAAAUACAGUUUGUUUUUCGAGAACUUUUUACUAUGGUUUGCGGGCACAUUUGUAACGGCACUGGGAGCUUACAUCCUAGUUGUAAAACAGAAGAAGGUAUAUGAUGUCCUCGACUUCCUUCUGGACCCUGCAUGUAUCUUGUGUUUAGGAGGUUCUGUGGCCACGGUGGUGUGCUUCAUAGGGUUAUGUGGUGCUCUACGCGAAAACACAUGCUUUCUGAAAACGUACUACCUGAUUCUCUGCCUGGCUCUGCUGGCCCAGCUCACGGCUGCCAUUCUGAUGAUCGUUUGCUAUUACGUCCCAGACUGGAAACACGCCAUAUUCCCCUCGGACACCUUCAAUCAAGCUAUUGUCAGAUACCGAGACGAUCCAGAUUUCCAGCAGCUCAUUGACAGCUUACAGACUGAGCUAGGAUGUUGCGGGGUCAGCGACAGUGAUGUGGGUUUCCUAGACUGGAACAACAACGUCUACUUCAACUGUUCCAUCGACAGUGAGAGUCCCGAGAAGUGCUCUGUGCCGUACUCAUGCUGCAGGAGGAUCCCUGGAGAGAAAAUGAACUACCGAUGUGGAACUGAUACGUUACAAAAUGAUGGCGGUGUGGAGCCCAAUCUGGCAAACACAUACAAGAUUUACACCACAGGUUGCUUCAGGGCUGUCGGAGAAUGGAUCAACGACCAUGUGCUGGUCGUUGGGGGUGUCAUGCUGGGCAUUCUUCUCCCUCAGAUUGUCGUUCUGUUUCUGACGAAGAAUCUCAUCCUUAUGAUCUACCUACAGAAAAGUAAAUGGUGA